UCACGAGUGCACAGGGUCUGUUUUUUGUAUUUGAAGCAUGUGAUGCUCAAAACUGCAAGUGAAAGCGUGAGAAAAGAAUAUUUAUUGGGCUUGACGAGAACAGCUUUUGGCCUUUUGAUGAGAUGUGUUCAGACCAUUUCUCUUCACUGCGGCGUCUUCUUCCUUCCCACAUUAUUCCUCUACCAACAAGAAGUCUGUGAUGGAUCUGAGUGCAGCUCGUCCUGUUGUUGAUCACAACAAGUCUGCCAGUGUCCUCACUUUCCGGGCCGCAGGGAAUAUGAUGGAGUCACGAUGAUAGGAUUUCACCGCACAAAAAUGUCUGCACACAAUCAUCUCGCUUGUUGGACGUCCUGCCUUUUGCUUUUUUUUUACCAAAAUCUGCUCUCAUGUGAUCAAACAGCAAAGAAAUGUGGAGUUCGGGGGUUUGAGUGAGUUCUAAAGUGGCCGAUAUGAGUUGAAAAGCUGCAUCUGCGUGAUAUAAAUUCACUUAAGUGUGACUUUUUGUGCUCUCGGGUGAAUAAUGGCACGGCAAAGCUCAGCAAAAGUCAUUGAAGCUGUACUGUAUUAUUCAUCUGGGGCCAAUAGCGUGUUGUUGAUGUUGGUGGAGGGGGAGGAGCCUAACUGGUGUUGCUAUAGAAAUAAUUAGGAUGAAAAGCAACCCCCUGCAGCCAAUGGAUCGCCUCCUCAGCAUUACGUUGUCGCAAAGUGCAUUGAUGACGAGCCCCCAGAAGCUUCUGUGGCUGUGUGUGCUGCUGCCGCUCAUUGUCACAUGCUGUGCAGGUGCACUCCACACACACAGCAAACACGGCGCUGCAGCUCACAAAGGCGGAAGUGGCAAAACGCCUCCCUCCUCCCAGGGCGGCCGCCUCCCCAAGCAGGGCCUGAAGUGGGCCGCCGCCGCCGCCGGCAUGCUCGGGGGCACGGGCACCGGCUACGGUCUGGGAUUCCUGGGAAAGCCCAAGCACAAAUCUGGGGGUCACGGCGGCGCCAAGUCGGCCUCCACUGAGCAGCGCCACCACCAGGACCGCCAGAGGCACAACAACCAGUCGAGAUGGAGGGCGUUUCUGAAGGCGGCGGCCCCCCCGGCGGACAUCAACAACCUGUGGGUGACGCUAGGUCACACUGUCACCUUGGUCUUCACCGCCUGGAUGGCCUCUCUGUGAUCCAACAAGCAGUCAUACUGCACCCUCAAUAAAGCUUUGCACAACA